AUGUCACCUACAGACAAAAAGUUGGAGAAGGACCAUGUGGAUUCCCCGCCAACCCCGACCACAAACUCGAGCUCUAACAACGGAGAUAAGGGGGGCGUCGUGGUCAAUGCGAGGGCGGCGUGCAGCGUUUGUAGACGUUUAUAUCGUGAGCCUAAAAUUCUGCCGUGUUUACACACUUUUUGCGCAGACUGCGUUCGUCAACUGGAACCGUUUUCGGUGUCGUCUGGUGUACACAAUGGCAAAGCGGUACAUCUGGAAGGCGAGGCGCGCUCCUCUGCCGUCACGGUUCUCUGUCCCGAGUGUAACUCUGAGGUGGACAUCCUGUUGUCCGGGGUAGAAUGGCUGACCACUGACGACUUGGCCCUGGACGAAGUGUUUCUGGAGACGCUGAUGAGCGAGAACUCUGUGGUAUGCGACCUGUGCAGCGACGGAGACGCAGAGAAACGUUGUGAGGUUUGCUGUGUCAACCUUUGUGAGUUCUGUUGUCAAGCACACAGGACUGGUGAGAGACAGACGAGGACGUCGACUCACACCGUCCAGUGUCUGGAGGACCUGAAGACCCAGGGUUGUCUCUCUCGGCCCGUCCUGUGUUCCCUCCACCCCGGUCAGGAGCUGUGUCUCUUCUGUGAGAUCUGCGACCUACCCAUCUGCCUGGAGUGUGCCGCCACCUUCCACCGUGACCACCUGCCUCCCGACACGUGACGUGACGUCAUCGACCGCCAUGGGGACUGUAUCUGGGAGCUGGUUACCGGGCGCCUGCGGCCACGGCUGGACCGGCUGGAGGAGUCGCUGCGGAAGGUGGACAUAUCCCCGGAGGCCUUGCAGGCCAGGAUGGAUGCGAUGGAGGAUGAGGUGUGUUCCUUUGCGAGGGGCUACGCUAGUGCUGUGGAGUCACACUGCCUGUCGCUGCUACGGCGUUUAGUGGAGUUGCGUCUGCAGCGCAGGAACCAGCUCCACCUACAAAGGGCUCAGCUGCAGCAGGCCCUGUCAGACGCCCGUGGGGGGGUGGCAUUCGCAGAGUGGUUGCUGACGUGCGGGUCGGACUCCAAGAUCCUGAGCGCCAAGGGCGUGACCCUCCGUAGGCUGGGCGGCCUGGUGGAGACUGACUACGACCACCCAGCAACCAUCGCCCCCGAUAACGGUAGCAGUAUCUGCUUCCUGCCACGUGAGAGUGCAGAGAAGGUGGGGGGGUACCCGGUGGUGGGGGUGAUCCACGCCAAGACACUGGAGCUCAGCAGUUGUAUCAUUGAGGGGGAAGGUCUGCAACACGGCAGGGAGGGCCAGAGAGUGGAGUUUACCCUGGUGUGUAGAGACUCUGCUGGAGAGCAGAUGGGUCGAGGAGAGGUUGUCCUGGUCAGCAUGGUCCACAAGGAGAAGAAAGACAGCAGAUUGGAGGCGGCGGUGGUGGAUAACAGUGAUGACUCCUAUUCCAUCUCCUACACCCCCGUAGAGCCAGGGUCCUACUAUGUGUGGGUGUGUGUCAAGGCCCAACACGUUAAGGUUUCCCCUUUUGUCCUAAAUGUGAAGAGAAAGGUCCAGCGGCACUGUGGAAUGUUCCACUGUUGUUCUUUCUGUUCCAGUGGGGGUUCUAAGGAGGCGCGCUGUGGUUGUACUGGCACCAUGCCAGGAGGGUUCUGGGGCUGUGGUCACGGCCAUAAGGGUCACUCCGGUAAGCCCCACUGGUCGUGCUGUGGCAGUGUGGUGGAGGCAUCCGAUUGCCUGCCCCAGAGUGUGAUAACGGCAGUGGGGGGAACAGUAACAGCGGUGGGGGGAGGGGCAGGGUCAGGCUCGCCCCGGGGCCAUCUGAGGCCAGUGCAGCUCUGAGGGACCAGGACACCCCUACCACCACCAGACAUGGGUCUACAAAUCAACCCUUUCAGAUGAUUAACGAGAUAGUGGGAAAGUUGCGGAUAAAAGUGAGAAGAAGGAAUGUAAUUGAAAGACCAUUCUCUUUCAUCUUAAAAAAAUCACACUGGCAUCACUUGACGAUGUGUCAGUACAAUAUUAACAACAGUUAUAUCGUUUCCAUCCUGAAUACGAAGCAUAACAUUCAUAAUAAAUGUAGUCAUGGUUUAGAAUAAUAGGCUGAAAGUUUGUUGUCACUGCAGUUCCAUUCUCCACCACUUGAUGACAGUAGUGUUCUAUUCACUCUUACUUCAGCCCAUCAUACCAUUUUAAUGGAAAUAUUCCAUUACACAUGAGCGCCUUAGAGAAUACUUAUUAGGGGGGACAGUGCCUAAUCAAGAAUGAUACCUAUCUAAUUACGCUGUAUUGGAAAUGACUAAUAAUGUAAUGACCAUUAUAAUGUUUAGUUUGUUGUACAGUUGUUGAUGUUGCCUAUGUGGAAGUUGUACUACAUGUUGGUUGAACAGCUGUUGUACUACUGGUAUCAUUGUGUUAGACUUAACAAACAAACACACUCUCACCCUCCCUGAGGUAGCUGACCCUCCUCUGUACAGUUGUUUGGUGGGAGCAGUGAGGUGUAAAGAUCUCUAGAAAUGAUUAUGUUGAGGGGGUGGAGGACUCAAAUACUAACCUCUGUUACCUGAUCUCUAGAACACAAGUGUUGAAAUCACAUUACAGUGGACUAUUAAACCAUUGUCUGCAGAGUGGACCCGGGAGAGAAGAGGUUUAUGUCCCACAUAAACGCUUUAAACCCAUGAUUGGAAACUGAGACAACGUGUCUU